AUGACAUGCGUUCUUACAAUAGACCACGUGGAGGCAAAGCGCACUCAGCCACAAGCGAUAUUAGGGUUCGAGUUGCUUGACUGUAUGCUGGACGGGACUUCUUUUUUAGCAGAUCCUCUGGAGGCGGUGACGAGUGCAGCAGCUGUAUUGUUCGGCGAAGUAAAGAAUACUAUGCUCAUUUGGUUGAAUCUCUCCAACCCAACGACCCACUCGCUGCUCGUUAUUGGGCGGAAUAUGCAUGGCCAAAUCCUCAAAAUCUCCCCCGCACAUCGAACGACCAGCAAUGCACAACUGCGCACCUUUGCACCACCUCCGCCAUGA